AUGUCACUGGUGUUCAUAACAUACGGUCUUUCCAUCACAACCAUCGUCCUCUUUGACCUUGGCGCGUUAUAUCUUGCCUACCGCUCUCAAAGGGUUAAGAAGGACCCUACAGAGUCCUUCUUAACAGCCCGUCGCUCGGUGCCUGAGCACACACCAUCGCCUGGUCCUUCUAUGCCUUUGGUGUUGGCGCCUGGAUCAUCUUCUCCAUGCCUGCAUAUAUCUGGAGAUUCGACACUACACUAUCCUCACGAUCAUUGUUACUCUGGUCAUGCUUUUGGACAUGUUAUCGCCCUCUGUGUGGAGUACACUUCGAUCGGCAACUUGCUUGAUAAGGUCAUCGGUGGCUCUCAGAUGCCUAUCGUUAUCGUGGUCUCUGUUGUCAGCUCCGUGUACACCGCGGCUGGUGGCCUUUACGUCUCUAUUCUGACUGAUGUCGCACAAGGAGCCUUUGGUGUUGCUCCCUUGUUGAUCAUGGUUAUCUACUGUCUGAUACCCCGUACCCUUGUCUUCUUGAUCAACGUUCCGAUCGUGAUUGUCUCGCUCAAGGAUUACAAUAUUGUCAUCCUCUUUCUGAUCGGAUAUCUAGUCUGCACCAGCUGCGCUAUUCCGCUCCUGUUAGGAUUGAUUACUCAACUCGAGAGAAUCGCUACUGGAUGGUCGAUGGUAUCGGGAAUUGUCACCGGAUUCCUUUCGAUUGUCGUCUUUGACUACCUCAAGAAGAGAAAUAUGCCGGAUUGUUUGCAUUACACCUUUGCCGAGCCUUCUGUCGAGAUGGGAAUUCGCAAGGCCUUUGGGCUGGCGUAUCCUAUACCGUUGGCCCUUCCACCCGAGGCUGCGGGAUCUGAGCAUGGCAAGGAAGGCCCUGGAUCUAGAGCCACAUUACUCCAGGAUGUAGAGUAUGCAACGGAGAAGUCUUUCACAUACGAAAGAAAGUGA